AUGCUGACAUACGUGAGUCGAGAGGAGCCUACUCGGCACACGACCACGGCAUUGGAGCGGUAUCGACACCUAAGACCCCCUGUGUUCAAAGGAAGGAUUGGCGAUGAUCCUAGCUCAGCCGAGUAUUGGCUGGAGCAAACCGAGAAACUACUUCAACAUCUCCAGUGUAGUGAAGAGGAGAAGGUAAGGUGUGCAACCUACACAUUGGAGGAAGAAGCAGGUCGGUGGUGGCAAUCUACCGAGCGUUCAAUAAUGAGGUCACAACAGGAGCAUGAGGCUGAAGAUGAGGAUGCACCAAUGUAUACCUGGGCAGGAUUCAAGGCAGAGUUUAACGCCAAUUACUUUUCUAAGAGUUGGAAGGAAGAAAGAAUUUGGGAGUUUAUGAGGCUCAAGCAGGCGGAUGAGAUGUCAGUAAGCCAAUACGAUAAUCGGUUCAUUCAACUGAUUAAGUACGUGCCCAUGUACGAAACUGACGAGAAUCAGAAGGCACAAAAGUUUGUUUCAGGAUUACAAGAACAUCUCCAGCAAGUUUUAAGUGGAUGGGACAUUGAAACUUACAAAGAAGCAUUGCACCGAGCUUUGACCAUUGAGAGAAAUCUGACACGAGCCAAGAUAAUCAAGACAGAGGAAGGAAGUAAGAGCAGUAAACCAGACAGUUCGAAGACUCAACAAAGGGACGACGGGAAGUGCCCUCGAUGUAAGAGGAAACACUUUGGAAAAAGAUGUGUUGUAAAAUGCUAUGGAUGCGGUGAAGAAGGCCACAUUGGAAGAAAUUGCCCAAAGAACAAAGUAAUGCCCCAGGUUGAGUAUCAGGGAAAAGUGGUGUGUUACAACUGUGGUCAACCAGGGCAUAUCUCGCAAGAUUGCUCAAAAAGGCAGAAGAUGGAACCACCGAGUGGAAGUGCACAAAAUGUUCGUCCAGGCCGAGUGUACAAUCUGACUUGUGAGGAUGCUGAGGCCAAUCCUGCAAUUAUUGAAGGUACACUGUUCUUUUCAAAUAUUCCAGUUCAUGCUUUAAUAGAUCCAGGUGCUACGCAUUCAUUCGUGUCGCAUGCAUCAGUAGAAGGUUUAAAGUUAGAACCUAGGGAAUUGGGUUAUCAGAUGGCAAUAGCCACUCCUACGGGUUCAACUCUAAGAACUGCGGUAGGGUGCCGCGAGUGUAUUUUUAAUAUGGGAGGGGAAAUUUUUAAGAUCGAUUUAGUGGUGUUAGACAUUAAAGAUUUUGACAUAAUUGUCGGAAUGGAUUUCCUAUCGCUACAUGAAGCUAAAAUAGAUUGUAAGAGUAAGACCGUAAGCUUACCCAAGCUUAACGGAGAGUGGAUUGUGUUCCAGGGUCAAGGUAGGAAGAUUAAGAGAGAAAAUGGCAUGACUUUGCACACGUUGCAAUCAGCCAAACCCGAAUCAGGAAAGAAAAGUCUCGAGUUGAAAUCAGUGAGGGUCGUGAAUGAGUAUCCUGAGGUAUUUCCGAGGAAUUACCAGGAUUACCUCCCCAAAGAGAAAUUGAAUUCUCGAUAG